ACUUGAAUCGGAAGUAACUCACAAAAAAGCAAAACAAACUCAAACAAAAGGGCAGUAUGUAAUUAUACCAGAUGGACAUUGUGUUUCAAAAACUUCCAAACUUCAAAGCCGUAAAUCAGAUUCAGCCAAGCCCCAAAACCAAUAUAUAAUUCCGGCAAUUAAGCAACGAGAAUGGAUAAUGUUAAAUUAACAUAUUGCCGGAUCCAGCAGCUAACCGAUUUAUAUCCAAAGUGUUUACGUUUACACACGCAGUUUCGAUGACAAAUUCGUUGGUAUUAUGAGUUGGCGGCGGCGCUUAACAGCAAAAAAAUAAGUAAGCGGAGCGAAUCCGAAAGUUCAUAUAAAUUAAAAGUCGCGGCCGCGUUUUAAAACGCCUCAAUCGCUGCGGCACUGCGUCGGUGUCUGGGAUUGCAGCGCGGUCAAACAUUUAUUCGUACAAAAGACUGCCCGCCACAUACAAUAGCAAAUAACAAAUGGAAUAAUAGAAGUAACAAGAGCGACGGUGACGAAAGCAUUUGGCGAUAAUGGAACGAUAAAAGAGCCAAACUCAUGCCUUUUCUACUUCUGCAACGAUAUUUCCCCGCAGUCUGACCAACGAUAGUACACAAAGACAGUCGCGUGCGCCCUCGGAAAAGUCGAAUGCCAAAGCCCCAAUAUCGCCGUACCGCCAAUCAGCAUAGUAUUUAGUCCACUGCAAACAGAAGAUAGUGCUGGCCCUGCACUCGAAAAAACCAGUGCCUUUAGUGGUCCAAAAACCCGUUCACCACCCGCUCUGCAAGCCAGCCAGUUUCGCAGCCCACUCGAAAACCCCAAAAAAGUAGCAAAGUCAAAGCCAAGAGCGACCCCAAAGAGUUAGUCUGCGAUCUGUCUCGAGACCAACGCGACUACCAAAACCAAAUCCGAAGUCGUCGAAACCAGAACCAGUUCAAAGUGCAGGUUCGGUGACUCGAAGAAUCUGAGAAUCGGAGAAUCGGAGAAUCUGAGAACCGGAGAACGGGAGAUCCGAUCCCCUGACUAGGUCUACUCCUAUAAAGCCCGGCCACCAAAAUGCCGCGCUCGCAUUUCACCCGAAGGCAUUGUCUCGCGAUGACGGGCGGACUAAUUGCAUCGGCGGUCAUAAUCUGGUGCGUCGCUCACUCGGCGGUCGAGUCGACGGCCAAGCUCUACGAUCCCGCCGCAGAUAAAUCCACGCUCGAGCUGCUGCAUGUGGUAUUCCGACAUGGACCACGGACGCCGGCGGAUACGUAUCCCAGGGAUCCCUAUGUAAAUGAGACCUACUAUCCCUUUGGCUGGGGACAAAUAACAAAUAAUGGCAAACGCGAGCUGUUCAACAUUGGUACUUGGCUGCGUAAGCGUUAUGGCAAAUUUCUGGCGCCCAACUACAGUCCCGAUUCGGUCCACGCUCAGGCGACGGGGGUUCCACGGACCCACAUGACCAUGCAGACCGUUUUGGCCGCCUUCUUCCCGCCGAAGGGCACCGACAUGGAUUGGAAUAGCCGGUUUAAUUGGCAGCCCAUACCUGUCUUCUCCCAGGAACUCAAUGAGGAUACGCUUCUACUGGUGCGGAAGCCUUGCCCGCGAUAUUUCGAGGCCCUAAACGAGGUCUACGAGUUGCCCGAGGUGAAGGCGGAAAUCGAACCCUACCUGGAGAUGUUCAAAGAGCUGGAAGGGCACACGGGUCUGAGAUUCAAGGAACCCGAGGACGUGCAGUCCCUAUACUUGACUCUGCUCGCAGAACAGGAGUGGGGUCUGGAGUUGCCAGAGUGGACGCACUCCUACUUUCCGGAGAAACUGCAGUUUCUCGCCGAACAGAGCUACAUUUACAACGUGUAUACGCCCGAGAUGCAGAAGAUCAAGGGCGGACCCUUCCUCAAGAAAAUGCUCGACGAGAUGCAGCAGAAGAAGAACGGAACCCUGAAACCCAGUGGCAGGAAGCUCUUCAUGUACGCUGGUCACGACUCGACGGUGGUGAACGUUCUUUCCGCCCUGAAGAUUUGGGAACGCCAGAUGCCUCGCUACUCCUCGAUGAUCAUGUUUGAGCUGCACAAAAACAAGGAGACCGGCAACUACUGGGUGGAGAUCUACUUCCGCAACGAUCCCAAGGGCCAGGCUCAGAAGCUCACCCUGCCAGGAUGCGAGUUCCAGUGCCCCCUGGACAAGCUGCUCGAUUUCGCCAAGGACGUUGUUCCCACGGAAGCGGAUGACAAGCGGUGCGAGUCUCGCAAUGAAGCCUUCACAGAGCCACCUCUCCGAGGGCCAUAGGAACCGUAGGAACCAUAGGAACCAUAGGAAUUCGUCAUGGUGCUACACAUCUCAGGGAAUGGGACUGUCCAAAGUCCUAGAACAAGCCGUAAUACAUUAGUUAGGUCCAUAGUUUAGCAUAGGCCCAAUAAAAGUGCGUUGAACAUUUUCUGUCACUCUUA